CUAUAAACCAUUAGGCCUAUAACAUUCUACCAAACAAGAAGGCAAAAGUUUUAGGCCAUGAAGCUUACUUCUGUGUUCCCUCUCCUCUUUCUCGUCCCCUUCUUAGCCUCAUGCGCUGAAAAUAAACAGGUGUAUAUUGUCUAUUUUGGAGAACACAAAGGUGAUAAAGCUUUACACGAAAUUGAAGAGAAUCACCAUUCUUAUCUUCAAUCGGUCAAAGAAUCCGAAGAAGAGGCCAAAUCAUCGCUAUUGUAUAGCUAUAAACAUAGCAUCAAUGGCUUUGCAGCUGAGCUAACCCCUGAUGAAGCCUCUAAACUAGAGAAACUAGAAGAGGUUGUUUCGGUAAUCGAGAGCCACCCAAGAAAAUAUGAAACGCAUACGACACGGUCAUGGGAAUUUGUAGGAUUAGAGGAGGAGGAAACCGAUGACGAUGAUGUUCGACGACGUCAAAAGGACGAUGUGGAUGAUCGGUUUCGUGUCGGAAGAAAGUUUUUGAGGCAGGCAAAACAUGGAGAUGGAAUCAUCGUCGGUGUUCUCGACAGUGGGGUGUGGCCAGAAUCAAAGAGUUUCAGUGACAAAGGAAUGGGACCCAUUCCAAAAUCAUGGAAAGGAAUCUGCCAAACCGGUGUUGCCUUCAACUCUUCUCACUGCAACCGGAAAAUUAUUGGAGCGAGAUAUUACGUGAAAGGAUACGAAAAAUAUUACGGAUCGUUCAACGUUACAGCGAACAAAGACUUCUUGUCUCCACGCGACCCCGACGGACAUGGGUCCCACACAGCCUCCACCGCGGUUGGUCGUCGAGUCUACGGUGCAGCCGCACUUGGCGGUUUCGCCAUGGGCUCGGCCUCGGGUGGUGCACCGUUGGCUCGUCUAGCCGUCUACAAAGCCUGUUGGGCCAAACCCAACCAAGAAAAAGUUGACGGAAACGUAUGUCUACAAGAAGACAUGCUUGCGGCGAUUGAUGACGCGAUCGCUGAUGGCGUUCACGUUAUUAGCGUUUCGAUCGGGACUACUGAGCCUUUGCCGUAUUCGCAAGAUGGAAUCGCGAUAGGAGCGUUGCAUGCGGUUAAAAGAAAUAUUGUGGUUGCUGCUAGCGCGGGAAACUCAGGGCCUAAACCGGGGACUUUGUCAAAUGUAGCGCCGUGGAUUAUUACCGUUGGAGCAAGUACUCUUGAUCGGGCUUUUGUCGGUGGUCUUGUUCUUGGUAAUGGUUAUACAGUCAAGACGGAGUCGAUUACGGCAUUCAAAAUGGACAAAUUUGCCCCUCUAGUUUACGCAUCUAACGUGACUGUUCCUGGCAUUGCAUUGAACAAUACAUCGCAAUGUUUACCGAAUUCACUAAAACCGGAGCUAGUGACUGGUAAAGUGGUUUUAUGUUUAAGAGGAACCGGUUCAAGAAUCGGUAAAGGUAUGGAGGUAAAACGAGCCGGAGGAGUCGGUAUGAUUCUCGGAAAUUCUCUGGCUAACGGCAAUGAUAUUCCAUCGGACUCUCACUUCGUUGCAACUGCUGCGGUGACCCCGAGUUCAGUGGAAAAGAUUCUCGAAUACAUCAAAACCGAUAAAAACCCGAUAGCUUUCAUCAAACCGGGGACAACGGUUUACAAAAACCAACCAGCUCCUUUAAUGACCGGGUUUUCGAGCCGCGGUCCGAGCCUGAUAGAUGCCAACAUUUUAAAGGUAACUUUGUUGGUUGUUUUUUUUUCAACUUCAAAAGAAAACUUAAAACUUCUCAUCAUAACCGAAACCAACCGGUUUAAUUCAUUUUACGGUUUAUUACAGCCGGAUAUUACCGCACCGGGACUGAAUAUACUAGCUGCAUGGAGUGGAGCAGAUUCACCGAGCAAAGUCUCGUUAGAUCAAAGAGUAGCAGCUUAUAAUAUCUACACAGGAACUUCAAUGUCUUGUCCUCAUGUUUCUGGUGCAAUUGCUCUUCUCAAAGCUACUCAUCCCAAAUGGAGUAGUGCUGCUAUAAGAUCUGCUCUUAUGACCACUGCUUGGAUGACCAAUGAUGAGAAGAAACCGAUCCAAGACACUAAUGGUUUACCAGCGAACCCAUUUGCGCUUGGUUCAGGACAUUUCAGACCAACUAAAGCUGCGGAUCCCGGUUUAGUCUAUGAUGCAUCAUACCGAGCUUACCUUCUCUAUGGUUGUUCAGUUGGUUUUAUUGAUAUCGACCCGACAUUCAAAUGUCCAAGUAAAAUUCCUCCCGGUUAUAAUCUCAACUACCCAUCAAUUGCGAUCCCGAAUCUCAACAGAACGGUGACCGUUAAAAGAACGGUUACAAAUGUUGGAGAUGGUAACUCAACAAGCACAUAUAUAUUCAGCGCUAAAUCACCACCUGGUGUCUCGGUUAAGGCUAAACCGAGUGUUCUGUCAUUUAACCGGAUUGGUCAAAAGAAACGGUUUAAGAUUGUGGUCACGGCACGGAGGGACAAGAUGAUGAAUGUGACUGAAAAGGGUCAGUACCAAUUUGGAUGGUUUAGUUGGACAGAUAACUACCAUGUUGUGAGGAGUCCAAUUGCUGUUUCCUUAUCGUGAUUGUUGUUUUGUUGCUUAUUUGGGGUGGUUUUUAGUUGAUUUGGAUAAUAGAGGGAUCAAAGUGAAAGAAAAAUAGAAGACUUUUUUCUAAUCACUCUUCAGAUUCCUUCCUGUGUUCAAAUCAAAGAAGUAGUGUCAUCGUUAUCAAUUGUGAAGAUAGUAUAAGAAGAAAUCACGUAUUCGCAAGUGGACAUGUGGAUUUGUAAUGGGCCUGAUUUGAGUUAAUCAAGAAGUUCAACCACUA